AUGUUUGACGUGGGUGGUGGCGAGAUCACCGCCAGGAAUUCCGUAAAAUACCUGGGGGUGCUUUUGGACAAUGUCGGGAGGUAUUUCCUCCAUCUGAAGCAGGUGUGCGACAAGGCGGAGAGAUUCGUGGGAGCUAUUAGGAGCUCGUUUCCUAAGGUCAAUGAACCCACCGACACCGCGAGGAAAUUGUAUUACAGUGUCUGGGAAUCGGUGGCCUUGUACGCUGCGCCGAUAUGGGCAUCUACCCUCGGUAUGGAGAAGAAUAGGAAAAUCUUGGUGAGUGCGCAACGGGCGGCGUUAGUUCGUACAUUAACGGCGUACAGGACAGUGUCUCACGGGGCACUGUGUGUAGUAACGGGCAGAAUGCUCAUUCAUAUCAAGUCCAGACAUCGGUGGAAGAAGUACGGGGCGAAGAAGGACUUUGGGGUAAAUCGGCAGGGCAGGGCUUACGACUUGAUGGAGGAGCUGAAGAGGACAUUCCACAAUCCCGGCAAUUGA